AACAUUUAGAGAGGUUAUACUAAUUAAAAAAAAUAACAAAACAAAUAAUUCUUUUAAUUAUUGUAGCUUAAUAAAAUAUAUAAUUAAAUCAAAUUAACAAUACAAUGUCAGACGAAGAAAUAAUCAGACAAAGAUUACUGAUUGAUGGCGAUGGUCUUGGUGAUGAUCGAAGAAUAAAUCAAUUAUUAAAAUCAUUUUUAAAAUGGUCAAAUAGUCCAGAUAAUAAUAAUGCUCUUUAUACAACAAUACUUGCACAAUUAGCAGAAAUUGAAUUUACACAAAAUAAAUCAAGACUUGUAUCAGCAAUGAGACAAGAAGAAUUAAAAAAUUAUGAACAAUUAUCAAAUGAAAUUGAGGAUGAAAUUGAAAAAGCUAAAAAAUCCAUUGAAACAACAAAACAAGAAUUACAAAAUGCUAAACAAAUUAGAAAAAAUAGAAUUGAAUAUGAUGUUUUGGCUAAAGUUAUUAAUGAACAACCUGAUAGAAAAGAAACAAAUGCCAAAUUGGAAACAUUAAAAAAUGAACUUGGAACAUUAAAGGAAAAGUCUGAACAACUUGAGUAUAAAUUAGAAAUGCGUAGAAAACAAUUCCACGUGUUGAUAUCUUCAAUACAUUCAUUGCAAUCAAUGCUUGAUGAAUCUGAUGAAGAAAUAAUGGAUGUCAGUCUUGAAAAUUAUGAAGACGCAGAUGUAUCAAUGUCACCAAAAGACAUUGAAUAAUUAUCAUCAAUUAUAUUUUUUUAUAAAUACUUACAUCAUCAUUGGUAUCAAGACGUUUUGUAAAUUCAAGGAGUGUAUGUGAGCCACAUGUUAUUGUCGUCACAAUUGGAUGAAAUAAAGGACCAUCAGAAUGACCCUGA